AUGGCUUUAACAAGAACCAAGAUCAGCAAACUGUUGAUUACUCCUACUUUCUCCAAAAUGCCGAGUUUUGCAUUUGCAUGUGGAUCCGAAAAAUGUUUCCGGGUCGAUCCUUUUAGGAAUUUUGGAUCAUCUUCGUUUUCCUCGACCACGGCUGCGACGGCUGUUGUUCCCGAGGAAAACGAGUCUAAAUUAUUCGGGUUGGUGAAGGAAUAUGAAGAUUAUCGGAGGAAUCUGUAUGGCGGCUUGACCCAUAAAGCCCUUCUUGUUGAUGCAGUGGGCACUCUCGUUGUUCCUUCCCAGCCUAUGGCCCAGAUUUAUCAGCAAAUUGGUGAAAAAUAUGGAGUUGAGUAUUCUGAAGACGACAUAUUGAAUAGAUACAGAAGGGCUUACGAGCAGCCUUGGGGUCGAUCUCGCCUCAGAUAUGUUAAUGAUGGGAGACCAUUCUGGCAAUAUAUUGUCAGUUCUUCAACUGGUUGUUCGGAUUCUCAGUACUUUGAGGAGCUGUAUAACUACUAUACAACUGAAAAGGCAUGGCACCUUUGUGAUCCAGAUGCUGGGAAAGUAUUUGAGGCCCUUAGGAAAGCAGGUGUAAAAGUGGCUGUUGUUUCAAACUUCGAUACGCGAUUAAGGCCCUUGUUGAGAACUCUGAAGUGUGAUCACUGGUUUGAUGCAAUGGCAGUGUCGGCUGAAGUCGAAGCAGAGAAGCCAAAUCCGACAAUAUUUUUGAAAGCUUGCGAGUUACUAGGAGUAGAACCUGAGGAUGCUGUACAUGUUGGGGAUGAUCGGAGAAAUGAUGUCUGGGGUGCCAGAGAUGCAGGCUGUGAUGCUUGGCUUUGGGGAAGUGAUGUUAACUGCUUCAAAGAGGAACUCUAG